AUGAACAAUGUCUGGACCACGAUAGCAUUCAGGGCGCCGUGCGUAGCCCGCCAGAGCUCGCGCAAGCCCUUAUUGCAACUCUUCAAUGGCUACGCCCGGCUUCAUACAAGUACAAGCGUCUCGAGGAGAGCCGAACAACACGGGUCCUCGAAGCGCAUCGGCUGCUCCGCCACUUGGAAGCAUGGCUACACAACCAGCGCCGUCCUACGGAUGCCCCGAGCCCGACCCAUAGGACGAAGGAAGGAUACUCUCAGCGAGGAACCAACGUCGAGCUCUGGAUUACAACCGGCGCCCACGGUAGCCACUCAUACCGAAGGACUGGCGGAGGAUGCAGAAGCAUUGACAUGGCGAGAUUACGACCCAGCAGGUGGCAUGCCAUUGCCAGACGGCGAGAAGUCGCAGGCGCAGAUCAAUGGCAUCUUUGGCAACGAGGCGCUCGAUGCUGAGACCGGGAAUUAUGUCUUAAGCGUUCUAUACUGGCGGCGAAUGUCUGGCGCACUCAUCGACAGUGGGGUCAACUUUCCCAGACAAAGCGAAGUGAGCAGGGAGCAGGCACUAAGAGGGCUGGAAUACGUGCGGGUUCUAGAUCCAGGAUUUGACGAGCAGGCUGCGGGUCAGACCUGGGCGGAAGAGGAGUCGCUACGGCUACAGCAGGAAUUGCAAGAGCGGGCGAUCAACCUAAAGCUAUACAAGCGGGACGACGAGCCAGUAAUGACCGCGGAAGACUUCGAACAGUUCAACCAAGGGACAGAGUACGGCCGCGAACGCAACCAGGACAGCGCUCUCACCGGCCUACGCGAAGCCAAUAAGGCUCGUAACGAGGCUGAAGCAGCGAAGCGUAUCGCAGAUCAGGAGCGCUCUGAAGCAGCCGCCCUUGCUAGACAUCGUGGCCCACUUCAAUUAUCCGGAGGUGUCCAACCUCCUACAGAAGUGGCCUUGACACCUUCUGGCGGUAUCAGCAUCAGCCGACCACAGACCAACGCCUGGCUAGCCCCUGUUGAGCGCAAACCAUGGGUCAAAUACUACGAAAACCACGCCCAGAUCAUCAAAGACAACAUCGUGCCCCAGAUGUCGGUACUCCGCCGCCUAGGCCCAUCCUUCCUGGUCCUCCUCACCGUCCUCUCCGCAUGCGCAUACCUCAGCGCCACCUACACUCCACCGCCCAAAUCAGCCCGCCUGUUCCCAGACACACCUCCCGCAAUAGCCACUCUGGGCGGCCUCACAGUCCUCCUCGCCGGCUUCUUUCUCGGCGGUCGCAUCCCACCGUUCUGGCGCACCUACAGCAAGUAUUUCACCCUGGUACCUGCCUAUCCAUACGCCAUCUCCCUCUUCGGCGCCACGUUUCGUCACGACACGCUCAUCCACCUUCUCACCAACAUCGGCUCACUAUGGCUCUUCGGUCUCAUCCUUCACGAAGACGUUGGCCGAGGGUCGUUCUUGGCCAUUUACUUCGCCUCAGGCGCUAUAGGCGGGUUCACCAGCCUGGCAUACAACGUACUGAGAAAGAACUGGACGAGUUACAUUUUCGGCUCAUCGGGCUGCGUGCUGGGCGUGCUGUCAGCAGCGUGUGUGUUGCGGCCAAACGGCACGAUUCGCAUCGCUGGAUAUGAUGUACCGAUUGCUGCGUGGGUAUUCUUGGGAUUGUACGGGACGGGGGAGGUUGUGGCAGUGUGGCGAGGUUUGAAGACGACUAUUGAUCAUGCCGGACAUCUGGGUGGCAUGGUUGGUGGGUUCGGCUCUGCGAUGUGGUUAUUGCUACAGGCGAGGGAGCAGCGAAAGGGUGAAGAAGAGCCUGUAAUGCAGUCAAUCCUGGCGGAUAAAGAUAAUCCGGCAGAAGGUGGCAGAGAGUCGUGA